CCGCAAAUGUGCCAUACGUGCCCGACUUAUCUCGGUAGCAACGGUACCGUACCAAUAAUUUCGGUAGCAAUUCGAUUACACUGGAUCCUAGUCUCCUUUGACAACCCGAGAUGUCGAGACUUAAAAGGGUUGAAAUACGAUGUCUACUACUGGACAUCAUGUCCUUUUGCAAUUGACUUGCUAACAAUUUGGCGUCAUCAUGAGCAAUUCGGCCACAGUAGGCGCCAAAUGGGCCAAUACUCCAUAUUCCUUUAUUGAAACACCGAAGCAUAAGGAAAGAAAGACUGGGUAUACGAAUCCUUAUAUGGAGACGGCUAGUGAGAUGUGUGUAGUUCACAACGCCCUCCUCCGUGGCCUCAACAGCAUAUAUAUCCAGGGACCAAAUGUUCACCCUUCAGAUUGCAUGGAUUUCAUUGGUUAUAGUUUGUGUUGGCAUUCUGCAAUUCAUGAACAUCACACCAGUGAGGAAGAACAAUUCUUCCCUGAAAUCGAAGAAGCCGUUGGAGAGAAAGGCCUACUCGAUGGUAAUGUCGAACAACACAAGUCCUUUCAAGCAGGUUUAGAUGAUUUCAAAGGCUACCUCGAAGGCCUGGCUGGCAAAGAAGCAUCAUUCGAUGCUGCUCAUCUCAACGGCAUCAUCGAGUCACUUGCUCCAGCACUUUGCAACCAUCUUUCAUCUGAGAUCCAGGAUCUUCUGGCGCUUAGCAAAUAUGGAGAUAAACUUCCAAUAGAGGACCUUUGGGGAAAAGAAGGGAAGCGUACUGUGACUUCAAUGACGAAAUUCAAAGCGCUUCCAUUCUUCUUCCUCAAUCUCGAUAUUACGCAUGAAGAUUAUCUGUGGAAGGAUUGGCCUCCUGUUCCCAGUCCUGCAAGAUGGGUCAUCACUCAUUGUCUCACAUUAAAGCAUCAAGGAUACUGGAAGUUUGCUAGCUGCGAUCAACGCGGCGUACCAAAGCCUCUUUACGCGCCUGGUCCACGUUGAUGAUUAGAAGUUGCUUGCUGCGAAUUUGGCGUAUGGGUUGUUAACUAGCGGUUUCCAUACAUAUCGGGAGUAUACGAGAACAUUGUAUCUCAAUAAUGUACGAUGUAAUUUCGAAGAAGCAGAAGAAGAAGAUUACUCAAAGAGACAC